UCGAUCGACGCUCACCGUGCCCCCUUCCUCCUUCCCCGAUUCCUCAAACCAAUUUAUCUCUCACGAUCGUUAAAACGAGUGCCGAUCUUUUGUUAAUUUUGCAAAAAGUACAACGAUAUGAGGCGGAAACGGUGACGAGAGUGGCGGGCGCGCCUGUGAGAACACAUUCUGAGUUACCGAUUUUCGUAGUGUUUUUUUGUUUCAUUCGAAACAUCAUCAAAAAAAUAUUUGCACGCCCGCUGGUCAAGGUGAACGAGCGGGCCGAGCCCAUAGUCGGCCAGUGACGACGGCUCCGAUCUACACUUUCAUCACCGUCAACUGCAUCUGAUUGCCAUCUGCGACAACCUGCAACUGGGAUCGCGUGAUACAACAACAAUCAUCAUCUCUUAUGCACAAAGAGCCUCGCACAAAAGAAAACGAUGGCGCUCAUCUGGGCCCUCCUCGUGAUGACGAUCGUCAUCGGCAAGGCUCGAGGCUUCGACUGUCCGGACGACCGGCAGUGCUACUGCUUCGAGGAAUCGGCGGGCGAGUACCGGGUCCACUGCUCGGCGGGUAACUCCUCCAGCCAGGGCUUCGACCUGACGGUCCAGCGUCACGAGCGACUGGUCGUCGAGUGCAACGACGCGCCCGACUGGUCGGACUUUAUGCUUGGCUCAUCCAUCGAGGUCGGCCCCAUGCGAGUCCUCGUGUUUACGUCGUGCUCGCCACCGGGACCGGAACACGCUAACCGCGUGGCACGGCUCCUCGGCGUCACUGGUGUCCAAAGUCUCAAGUUUGUCAUUCUCAACGGGACCCUCAGCAGAGAAGACCUGGCCGCGUAUCCGGAUCUUCAGAACCUCGUGCUCUCCAACAACGACUUGAGCAACGUCAGCGCCGAUCUUCUGAAAGAUCUGGGCUCGCUGCAGCUCCUCGAGCUGCGCAACGCUAACGUCCGGCUGCCGGUUGGCUUCUUCGACGCCGCGACGAACCUUACGACGCUCGAGCUCGGCAGCAACCAGCUGCGACAAUUGCAAACCGGCACCUUUGACGGACUCCGAAAAAUUGUCCUUCUGAACCUCUGGAAGAACGAGCUUCGGAAAAUUGAAUCCGACGUCUUUCGGAACCUCACCACCCUCGUCUCCCUGGACCUCAGCCAGAACACCCUCGAGACUCUGCCCACCGAUGUGUUCAAGGACCUCGAGAGCCUCGAGGUGGUGAAUCUUAGCUCGAACAACUUGAGCUCACUGCCGCGCGGCCUCUUCCGGUCGAACCAUAAACUCCGGCUGGUCAAGCUCCUGUACAACAAGCAAAACCUGACCGAGCUACCAGCUGGUCUGUUUGCCAAUCUGACGUCCCUCAAAUCGGUCAUGAUGACGCGCAACGGACUACUCAAGCUCCCUGAGGACCUAUUCUGGGGCUCCAAUGGUCUGCGCAACCUCACCAUCGACCGCAACUACCUGACCACUCUUCCCCGCGGGAUCUUCCGAGAUGCGCACGAGCUCUACAGCCUCAGCUUGUCGUUCAACGAUCUCAGGGAGUUGCCCGAAGACGUCUUUGAGUUCACGACGAAGCUCGUCAAGCUCGACCUGUCCAAAAAUCGACUUAUGGCCAUCAACAAGCACACGCUGAUAGGCCUGGAGUCGCUGCGCACGCUCAAUCUGGAGAACAACGAGCUGACGAGCAUCCACAUAGACGCGUUCAGCUCUUUGGGUAAUCUGCGGGUGGCCAAGUUCGCUAACAACCGGCUGACCCUGCGCACGGGCCUGUACGACAUAUUUGGCCAUGUUUCGCCCUUCCACCACUGCCAUUCCCUCGAGGAGCUUUACCUCGCGCACAACAACGUCACGGACAUGCACAGCGACUGGAUAGUGAGCAACACGCGGCUCCGCGUGCUCGACCUCAGAUACAACUCGUUCAAUUACCUGCAAACCGAGGACCUGCAGUUCACCUCGAACAGCGUCAACGUCGAUCUUCGGCACAACAACAUAUCUCGGGUCGUGCUCGCGGGGCUAGAGCUGCUCUCCUCGAACCAGACCGAACCACGGAACGUCAUAGUCGACAUCGCCGACAAUCCGAUUCGCUGCAACUGCGAGGUCUACGAUCUCGUGCGUUAUCUCAACGGCGACAUGCAUCCUUACGUCCAGAACUACGUGCACCUCAAGCCCGGGGAUCUCGUGUGCCACAGUCCCGAGUAUAUGCGCGGUGCUCAGGUGUUUGAACUGAGGGCAAAAACCCUGAAAUGCAUGGUGGAGAACACGCAAGCGAGACCCGGUGAUCCAUGUUCCCCGACAAACGACGCCUGCACCUGCUGGCUGCGCCCCGAGGACCAAGCUCUUCUUCUCGACUGCGUGGCGAGGAAUCUCACUCGUGCGCCCGAGUGGAUAGACACCCGGGACGUCGCCAAGGUCGAGCUCGAUCUCAGGAUGAACAACCUCGAGGAGCCACCCUCCAUGUACAAGAAGGGCUACGACAAGGUCACGAGCCUGAAUCUCGCCCACAAUCGCAUCUCCUUUAUCGACGAGGAGCUUCUAUCGCCCAAUCUAAAGACGCUGAUACUCGAGGCCAACAACCUAACGUCCAUAGACUCAAAGAUCCUCGAGCGGCUGUCCAACUCGUCAAAGAUCACGAAGCUGACCCUGCACGACAACCCGUGGCGCUGCAGCUGCGAGGCACGGGACCUCCUCAACUUUGUCCACUCGAACUUCCUGGACAUGCCCGAGCUCCUAAACAUAACCUGCUCGGGCAGUCGGGUGCCCCUGUCUAACCUAACACUGACCGAGCUCUGCCCGGCUUCGAACCGGGCGAUAAUCGUGAUUUGCGCCCUAACGAGCACCUUCGCUCUGCUGCUCGGCUGCGCCGCUGCCCUCUACUUCCGCUUCCAGAGGCAGAUCAAAAUCUGGCUGUACUCGAAGAACCUCUGUCUGUGCCUAGUCGCCGAGGAGGAGAUCGACAAGGACAAGACCUACGACGCGUUCAUCAGUUACUCGCACAAGGACGAGGAGUUUGUCGUGAAGGAGCUAGUGGCGCGGCUCGAGGAGGGGCCCAGGCCGUACAAACUGUGCAUUCACAUCCGCGACUGGCUGGCCGGCGAGUGGAUACCCACCCAAAUCGAGCGCAGCGUCGAGGAGUCCCGGCGCACGAUAGUCGUGCUCUCGCGCAAUUUCAUCGAGAGCGACUGGAGCAGGUUCGAGUUCCAAGCGGCGCACAAGCAGGCCCUCAAGGAGAAGCGCGCCCGAGUAAUCGUCGUCGUCCUCGGCGAGAUCGGGCCCACCGAGCAGUUGGACCCCGAGCUCCGGGCUUACCUGCAAAUGAAUACUUACGUCAAGUGGGGCGACCCGUGGUUCUGGCAGAAGCUCAGGUACGCGAUGCCCCAUCACUCGAGCCCCGCGGAGGAGCCGAUGCAGGUGAUCAGCAGCAAGACCAACGGAAACAUCGACCGGCUGCUCGAGCCGGAUGCCAAGAAAAACGGUGACGUAAAGGUUACCUUCGCUGACGAGAAACAACAGCAGCAGAACAUCCUACAGGCGCUCAACGGCAUCAACAGGAGUCUCAACGGCGGUAUCAAAAAUGCCCAGUGUACGACCGUGUGACUCGACUAAUUGUUUUGAUCGAUCUGACUUUUUAUCUUAAGUAGUUCCCUUACUUUGAUGAUUUCAUUGUGCAUUUACAGUGCGCUCUUUUAUAAGUAGUAUUGAUCUGAAGAAUCGAGAGAGCUGUUGAUUCUGUUUUUUAUUGACAAUUGCAUCGAUGCAACGAGCAAAGUGUGUGAUUUACUUAAACGGAGGAACGAAAACGGAAUAAGGUACAAGUGUCGCACGGAACGAUGGUUUUACUGCAUUUGCCAAGUAUUUUUAAGUACCUUUUUUAUUCUUUAUUUUUUUACAAUCGCAUCACGUAGUUUGCUCGAGUGAACUAGUGUGUUGGAGUAUCCUAAUGAAGUAUAAUAUGUGAAGACAACACGUUUUAUAAAGGGACCAAAGGUGGAACAGCAUCUGCUCUACGAUCAUUGAAUCUGAUAAAAGGCGCGUCUGUUGCCAUAUAUAUCUGUUAUUAUGUACUGCAUCGGAAGAAGGAUCUAUUUACCGUUAUUAUUUUAACAAUCUCAUCGUGUACAUAAAUACCAAUCAAGUGUAUAUUUCAUAAGACUGAAUGGCAAAACAUUACUCUUACUACAUUGUAUAUAAUAGUUUUUUAUUACUUUAAUAUCAUUAAUUAUUUUUAUUAUUAUAAUUAUUAUUAUUUUUAAACUUAAGAAGACACGAGUUUUUAUAAAAAAUGUCUCUCUACCACGUACUGAUGUAUACUAUUACAUAUACUCAUAUCAAUUGAUAUUAUAUAUACAAGCUAUGACGUGUAUUUUAACGAGCGCAAGGGGAGAUACUUAGAGAAUGCACGAAAUGAUGAAUGAUGACGCUGUGAUGAGAAAUGCGCGUUUCGUUGUUAUACGAGCGUGUGUGUGUGAAUAUAUACGCGUUCCAUUAUACAAUUUUAGUUUACGUAAGGAUCUGUACGAAUGAACUUUUGCGGACUUUUUCUCUCCCACUACUUUUGUACAAAUAAAAUGCAC